AAGCGGUAGAAAUGAAAGUCAGACAGUAGAGGCAUAUAAACACAAUAAACUUUUUGCAGACUCGAGAAACGAAAUCAACAGAGAUAAGUUUGGACAUUAAUAAGAAUUGAUCAGCAGCAAGAUGGUGAUUACGACACAUAAUUUGAAAACUCAGUUGAUCGCGUUAACCAAUUUUUCUGGCCCUCAUAAGGAACACGCAGAAAAAUACCGUGGAUUGCUCGAGAUCAUCUUAACCAACACCGGCAACGAUCUGAUCGAAACAUUGAAAUUGUUUAUCGAAGCCAUUGUUAACGAACAUGUUAGCUUGGUCAUAUCCCGUCAAAUUCUUAGCGAUAUCAGUACUCAGCUCAUGAAAUUGCCGGAUGAAACAUCGAGAACCGUGUCACAUUUCACAUUGGAUCGGGUUCAGCCUCGCGUUAUUUCGUUCGAAGAGCAGGUAGCGAGCAUCCGCCAACAUUUGGCUCAUAUUUACGAACGAAACGAGAACUGGCGUGAAGCGGCUAACGUUCUAGUUGGCAUACCCCUAGAGACUGGCCAGAAACAAUACACGGUUGACUACAAGUUGGAGACGUAUUUGAAGAUUGCUCGACUCUAUCUGGAAGACGGUGAUCCGGUUCAGGCAGAAGCAUUCAUAAACCGUGCCUCACUGUUGCAAGCCGAAACGAAAAGCGAAGAACUGCAUGUGUUGUACAAAGUAUGCUAUGCCCGCGUCUUGGACUACCGUCGGAAAUUUAUCGAAGCUGCUCAACGAUACAAUGAAUUGUCAUACCGCACAAUUGUCGACGAGAGUGAACGGAUGACCGCAUUGAAGAAUGCAUUGAUCUGUACGGUACUCGCAUCGGCCGGCCAACAAAGGUCUCGAAUGCUGGCCACGCUUUUCAAAGAUGAACGAUGCCAACACCUUCCGGCCUAUGCAAUUCUGGAGAAAAUGUAUCUGGAUCGCAUCAUUCGCCGCUCGGAAUUGGAGGAAUUCGAGGCUCUGUUGCAAUUGCAUCAAAAAGCCAGCACAGUCGAUGGAUCGUCGAUAUUGGAUCGGGCUGUGUUCGAACAUAAUUUAUUGUCGGCCAGCAAGCUGUACAAUAACAUUACGUUCGAAGAACUCGGAGCCCUGUUGGAAAUUCAACCGAGCAAAGCCGAACGCAUCGCCAGUCAAAUGAUAACCGAGGAACGUUUGAGCGGAUACAUUGACCAGAUCGAUGGAAUAGUUCAUUUUGAAACUCGUGAGGUGUUGCCGUUGUGGGAUAAGCAAAUUCGUUCUCUCUGCUAUCAAGUAAAUAAAAUAAUUGAGAAGAUUGGUGCAGCCGAACCGGCAUGGAUGGCUAAAUUAAUGGAUGAGCAAAUGACUCAAUGAAUUUGAUAUGAAAAGGGAAAAAAACUUGGAAAUCGGCCAAUGGGCACAAUUAAAGCAGCUGCUUAAUGCUUAUUGUCAUGAAAU